AUGUCCAUACCGGUUCCGGCACCGGUUUACGCGGCUCCUCCGCCGAUGGUCUUCCCGGCACAGAGCCCCCACGCUCCUGCUCACACAGCCGAGCCUGUCCUAUUCCAAGCUCCACAACCCCACAUCAGCUUUUCUUACCCAACUCUACCUCCCCUAAACAUUCCCAUCCCUGAACCGGGCACGCCAACCCAGGCUGUCCCCAUAGCUCCACCGACAAACUUUCUCCCGGAAAUGGGGACUGAGCAGGAGCAGAGAUUGAAGAAGAUGGAAGAGAACAUCAAAGCCUUACAAUCAGGUGGUCCUCGCCUCGAUGCCGGCGAUUGCGAUUGGAGUCUUUUUCCGGGUAUGCGGCUACCCCCGAAGAUUAAGGUGCCUGAAUUCCAAAGGUACCAUGGCACUACCGACCCCCGUCACCAUCUCCGUCACUACAGGGGAAAGAUGCUGCAGUAUUGGGACUACGAAGAGUUCAUCAUGCACACGUUCCAGGACAGUUUGGCGGGAGCGGCUCUUGAUUGGUACAUGUCACUGAAAGCCGCGGAUAUCCCUACAUGGACGGACCUUUCGAGCAAAUUCAUCGACCAGUACAAGUACUGUGCAGAAACGCCCCCGACCCUGUUGGAGCUCAGUACAAUGGAGAUGGCCGAGGAUCAGGGCUUCGAGGCCUACGCAGUAAAGUGGAGGGCUAGAGCGGCGAAACAUGUCCCCCCGAUCAGUGAGGCGCAGCAGAUCCAAUUAUUCCACUCUACCCUCAAAGGGGCCUACUACUUGCACCUGUUGGCUCACACGUCUUCGUUCUCCAACCUUAUCGACGCCGGGAAGAAGCUUGAUAUCGGCGUUAAGCUCGGCAAGAUAGAAGGACCGGCCGAGAAGAAAGAGGGAGAGUCCUCGAAGAAGGUUGCUACUGGGACACCCUCCGCGGGAAACAGGAGAGGAAAAGACGCGUCCGUCAAUGCUGUUAACUCAGGGCGCCAAGCCCCCCAACAGUAUUCCAUCAAUUACACGCCCGCACCACCGACCACUCAGGCGUAUGCCCCACCUCCGGUGCAUUAUCAGCAGCAACUCCCAGCGCAACAAGUAUAUUAUUCCGCCCCGCCGGCCUCCUUUCCGUUGCCGGCCCCGCACAAUUACGUCCCUAUUCCCCCUCCGAUCCAACAAAGCAGGCCUCCGGCUUCGAGAACUCCUCAGCCGGUGCAACGGGCUCCGGCCCCGCAGGACCAACAAAGUACUGCGCCGCGACACAGACAAUUCACACCCCUUCCGGCCCCGCUCUCCCACAUAUACCGGCAACUCCUCGCAGGCAAUAGGAUUAAAUCAGUAGCGCCUAACCCCGAUUUCGACCCCACCAUUCAGGAUCAGAGUCGGCACUGCGAGUACCAUCAGGGCGCACCCGGUCACACCACCGACGAUUGUUGGAAGCUGCGGGAGAAGAUCCAAGCUAUGAUUGAUGGCAAACAACUCACGUUCAACGCCGUCAAACCUCCGAACGUGCAAGUUAAUCCUCUUCCCGAUCACGGGUCAAGCUCGGGACCCAGCAUUAACAUGAUCAGUGUUUGCGCCAUAGGGGAGUACGAGACCGGGCAGGAGCCAUCCGCCCCGUUCGUAAUCGAAUAUGUGCCUGCGGAAACCGGUAUAGGGUACGCGGGGUUUGAUGCCACGCCCGCCCCAUUCGUGAUAGAUGUCCCCGCACGAGAGCCAUAUCAAGAUAGCAAGGUUCCGUGGACCUACGAAGGGAGUGUCGGGAACCUCGAGCGUCAAUUCAGCGUCAUGGGCGUGACGCGCUCGGGACGAGUGUAUGAAAACCCGGAGGUCGCGAACAAAGGAAAGGCGCCUGCUGCGACAUUAGGAAUCGCCCCGGAAGCUACGCCGAUCCCACAAAAGAAGGUGACCGAAGAGGAAGCCGAGGCUUUUAUGAAGAUCAUCAAGGCAAGCGAGUAUAAGGUUGUUGAACAAAUGGGCAAGUCUCCGGCCCACAUUUCACUACUCGCCCUUCUCUUAAGUUCGGAGCCACAUCGUGAAGCGCUCCUGAAGGUCCUGACGGCGGCACAGGUCCCCAAGGGGACGGCUCCAGAUCUCAUUGAAGAAACCGUUGGCCGGGUCAUGAUCGACAAUGGUUCGGCUCUCAAUGUAUGCCCUGUUUCCACCCUGAAGCAGAUGAAUGUGGAUCUGAAUCGUAUUCGUCCAAGCAAGACAGCGGUUCGAGCCUUCGAUGGCUCUCGGAGAGAGGUGAACGGAGAGAUCGACCUUCUGAUCGAGGUAGGUCCAUGUUCAUUCAAUGUCACUUUUCAGGUGCUCGACAUCCCCAAUGCCUUCAGCUUGCUGCUCGGGAGGCCAUUGAUCCAUUUUGCGGGCGCAGUCCCCUCCACCUUGCACCAAAAGCUUAAGUUCAUCGUGGAAGAGCGACUCAUCACGGUCAAAGGUGAGGAGGACUAUGCGAUUUAUAAGGAGACGGCUGUCCCCUAUAUCAAGAACUUCCCGCCCAAACGGCAACACCUACGGCGGCAGCGAGCCGGCCUUCUCCUCCACAUCAAGGAGGAGGUCGUCAAGCAGAUAAAUGCGGGAUUCCUAGAAGUCUGCAAUUACUCUAAAUGGGUGGCAAACAUCGUGCCCGUGGAGAAAAAGGACGGAAGGGUCAGGGUUUGCGUCGACUAUCGGGACCUCAACAAGGCUAGUCCUAAAGACAACUUCCCUCUGCCUCACAUCGACGUCUUGGUCGACAACACCGCGCGCCACAAUCAGUUCUCCUUCAUGGAUGGCUUUUCGGGGUAUAACCAAAUCCGGAUGGCUGAAGACGACAAGAUCAAAACGACUUUCAUCACGAUGUGGGGCACGUUUUGCUACAAGGUCAUGCCCUUCGGGCUCAAAAAUGCCGGGGCAGCCUACCAACGGGCAAUGGUUACGCUCUUUCACGACAUGAUGCAUAAGGAGAUCGAGGUCUACGUCGACGACAUGAUCGCAAAGUCCAAGGAGGGAGAAGAUCACCUCGUCAAUCUGAGGCGUCUCUUCGAACGUCUCAAGAAGUACAAGCUUAGGCUCAACCCGGCCAAGUGCACAUUCGGCGCGAAAUCCGGAAAACUGCUAGGAUUUGUGGUCAGCGAACGAGGCAUCGAGGUCGAUCCUGACAAGGUGAAAGCGAAGGAGUUACCUCCGCCAUCAACAGUGCGCGAGGUACGGAGCUUCUUAGGACGACUGAACUACAUCGCGCGUUUCAUCGCGAACUUAUCAGAUAAGUGUCAACCCCUCUUCCGGCUGCUUCGUAAAAAUGCAGCAAUUGAAUGGGACGACGAUUGUCAGAAGGCCUUUGACGAUAUUAAGACAUACUUAGUUCAGUCGCCGGUGUUGGUCCCGCCCACGCCAGGUCGACCUCUCAUUCUUUACCUGACGGUGCGCCGGCAAUCAUUGGGGUGCAUGCUGGGACAAGAAGAUGAGUCCACAUGCGCAGAACAUGCCAUCUACUAUCUGAGCAAGAAGUUUACUGAAAGGGAAUCCAAUUACCCGGAGAUUGAGAAGAUGUGCUGCGCACUGGUGUGGGUCAUGCAGAGACUUCGACAGUACACCCUCUAUCACACAAUCCGCUUGCUGUCGAAAGCGGAUCCCCUGAAAUAUCUACUUGGUAGCCCAUCCUCCAUGAGGAACAUUGCAAAGUGGCGCUGUCAACUGACGGAGUACGACAUCGAGUAUGUGCCCCGCACAUCAGUAAAGGGGCAAGCAAUUGCAGACCAUUUGGCGGAAUUUCCCAUCGAGGAUGACACGCCGAUCAACUCCGACUUUCCAGACGAAGGGAUCCUCCGAGUAGAUGAGGAGGAGGAUGGGACCGCGUGGAAGAUGUAUUUCGACGGCGCGGUGAAUUCCACCGGUUCUGGUAUCGGCGCAGUGCUGAUAUCCCCGGACGGACGUUAUUACCCGAUUGCAGCAAAAGUUAAUUUUCUCUGCACCAAUAAUGUGGCCGAAUACGAGGCAUGCAUCCUUGGCUUGCAAGCAGCGAUUGAUUUCAAGGUGAAGGAGCUAGAAGUGUUCGGAGAUUCAAUGCUCACAAUCUUCCCGUUAGGGCAAUGGAAGACGAAAGACGCAAAGUUAGUACCAUACCACGAGUAUCUCGAGGAGUUAGCGGAGAACUUCGAGAAAAUCUCGUUCACCUACACGCCACGUAUCAAGAAUCAGUUUGCAGAUGCACUUGCGACACUGGCAUCAAUGGUGAGCAUCACAAAAGAAAACCUCAUCGAGCCACUUGAGAUCGAGAUUGCCAAAGGCCCGGCUUACUGCGACACAAUCGAGGCGACCGAUGAACAGCCAUGGUACGAAGACAUCAAACAUUUUCUGCAAACUGGCCAAUACCCGACAUUUGCCAACCGUCGGGACCGGAAAACACUUAGGCGACUCACAGCGCAUUACUUCCUGAGCGGAGAGACUCUCUACCGCCGUUCCUUCGACGCCACGCUACUCCGGUGUGUUGACGAAAACGAGGCACAACGCCUCAUGGGAGAGAUACAUGAAGGGAAUUGUGGACCCCAUAUGAGCGGUCUCAUGCUCACCAAGAAACUCAUGCGCCUAGGUUACUUUUGGUCCACCAUGGAGGCCGACUGCGCCAAACACGUCAGACACUGCCACUUGUGCCAGGUCUAUGCCGAUCAGAUCAAAGCACCCCCCAAUGAGCUACGCCCGAUGGCGGCCCCGUGGCCCUUUUCAAUGUGGGGCAUUGACGUGAUCGGCCCUAUCAAUCCCAAAGCAUCCAAUGGACACAUGUUCAUUUUGGUGGCAAUUGACUACUUCACCAAGUGGAUCGAGGCCAUAACGCUCGCUUCGGUCACCGCAAAUGCCGUGGCACGUUUCCUUAAGCGCGACAUCAUCGCCCGAUAUGGAGUCCCCGAAACAAUCAUCACCGACAAUGCUAAGAACCUGAACAACAGGAUCAUCGAUGAGCUUUGUGAGCGAUUCAAAAUACACCACCGCAAUUCACCAUACCGUCCCCAAAUGAACGGUGCGGUGGAGGCUGCGAACAAAAACAUCAAGAGGAUCAUCGAGAAAAUGACGGUGACCUAUAAGGAUUGGCACGAGAUGCUCCCUUUUGCGCUCUUGGCAUAUCGAACGUCCAUCCGAACUUCAACCGGGGCAACUCCGUACUCCCUAGUCUACGGCAUGGAAGCAAUCCUCCCAAUCGAAGUGGAGAUUCCUUCCAUGAGGGUCCUCGCCGAGUCCAAGCUCGAAGAAGCAGAAUGGGCGAAGCAGCGCUACGAACAGCUCAAUCUCAUUGACGAGAAACGGCUAACAGCGCUCUGCCACGGUCAAUGCUACCAACAAAGAAUGGCUCGAGCGUUCAAUGCAAGGGUUCGCCACCGCGAAUUCCGCCCCGGUGAUCUCGUCCUACGAAAGGUCUUGCACAUCACACCUGACUCUCGGGGCAAGUUUGCAUACAAGUAUGAUGGACCUUUCGUCGUCAGGGAAGUCUUCUCCGGAGGGGCAAUUAUCCUAAGCGAUAUGGACGGGACCGAAAACGCACUCCCGGUCAAUGCCGAUGCCCUUAAGAAGUACUACCCUUAAUGGCCUCUUUGUCAUCCGGCGGUUUCUUUGUGUUCUCGGAGGUUUCAGGCUACCGUCCAGGCCCUUAUC